AUGAAGCGGUUGGAUCAUUUCAACGACGCUAGCAAGCGUGUCCGGGAAUUGAGGGCCGACAAGCUUUCUCGGUUUGACCGCCAAGCCCUUGACGCUGCUAUCAAUGAUAUCCAUGUUUUUCUGCAAGAGUUCCUGGUGCUCGACGCCGCCUUGACGAGUCUGAGUGCUGUGGCCGAAAAUAAAGAUACAGUGAUCAAUGCGCAGAAGUGUUUGGACUCGAUAGACGCUCUGCUGCCUGAACUGAUUGGCACGGUGGAGGCCAAGCUCGAGUCAGACCCAGAGCUCGAAUCCACCGUUGGCCGGCUUGAACCGCUAUGCGAGACGCUUCUGGAAGCUAAGAGAUACAGUUUGGCAUACCGCGAGACACUGCCCGUGGCCGUGAGGUACAUGGAGCUCGAUAGAGUGGUUCUCGGGUCGAUCAGCGACGAAAUCUCCAACUGUUUCAAAGACCUCCGAACACUGCAGGAAAUGCUCCAUACCAGUCCCGUCAAGAAGCUCAUGCCGCUCGACGUUUCCGAAAUCACAGGCAAAAUCAAAAACAGCACCGAAAUCAAGUCGUGCAUGCCGACUUUCAGCUCGCUGGAUGAGCGACUACUGGGACUGUACCACCAGCUGGAGAGCAAGCUGGAACCAAUCCAGGCGUCGAUUCUGAUCGUGCCACAGGCCCUCGAAUACUACAGUGACGUGGCCAUCGCAAAACACUCCAAGUCGCUGAUGAAACUGAUCGCCAAAUACGAAGACCUGGUCCACCAUCUCCACGAGCUGCGAGCCGGAGUGAAAGGCAUGUCACGUGACCUCAUCGACCGACGCUGGGAGCAUAUAUUUUUGACGUUGAUGAAGGAAGCCGAGAGACGGUUGGAGGAGCUCGAGGACGAAAUAGAGCUUAAAGGCCAGCUUGGCGGAUCGAGUUUGCGCGGACUCGAAUCGAUUGGAGAGUCGGUUGAUAUAUUGAAACGAGCAGUGGGGGAGAAGCUGCUGACCGAGGAUCAUAUGAUUCGACGCAAAGACGCGGUCGAUUACAAGUACAUCAAGAUCCAGGAACUGCAUUUUAAGUCGCAGAGACAAAACGUUCCAGAGACAAACAUGGAGCCUGCUCGCUCGAGAGGAUCGUUGUUUGAUGCUCUCCAGUUGAAACCCGUGAUGAUCGAGUACAAUCCAACGUCUGCUAAAAAGAAGAGUCCAUUAGAGUUUGAGAUUCUUGAAGACGACGAGUCAGAGGUUUCUUUCCGCACGGAGUCCAGCAAGUCGCUUCUCAACCGGCUGAUGGGCGAGCUCGAAGAUAAGGAGAACGAGUCGGCUGACAAAUCUGAGCAGGAUCUUGUUUUGAACAUGGAUCAGAUGACCAUCAAUGAACAUUCACCAAAAGCAAGCAAAAGGCUUUCACAGUCCGAUCCUUUCAUUACCCCGAAUGCAAAGCUGUACAAAACUAGUUCCCAGAAACCAGCUGAGAAGUCUACGAAACUGCUCAAGUACGUGCCACUGCCGGUUCCAGACCCAAACAACAAAGACCACCGACCAAAACGAACACUCGAGUUUGCACAAGCCUCCAUCACACAGAUUCCUCUGCCUAUAUCGCAAAAGUCCCGAAUCAGUCUUCUCACCUCCACCAUCAGAGGAACAAGCUACACAAAACCACAAUUGGGCCAUGGAAGUAAGAUUCCAAGGUCGACUUUGGUGAAAAGAGUCGAGCUCACCCCACAGAAACCACCACAGCGACCAUACACGGCUCUUGACACUCGGCGGUCUCCAACCAUGUUGGUUGAGCCAACGCCUCUCCGUGUGAUCAAGCAACGUGCCCGGGCAACGUCUUCGCUAGGAACCGCCCAAGCACGACGAGUCGCAUCCUACGAUAAUGACCGUAUUUAA